AUGGAUCCCACUUCGAAUGUGUCUACCACAGGGACUUUAGCGUCUCCUGCCCAAACAAGCCCAACUACCAACUCGGGAGUAGCUCAUCGGCGUGGCAUUAAACCGGUGAUUACGCCACUGAAUGUGCCGGAUGUAAAUCCUUCUUCUAAUGUGCCCACACUCCGCGAUAUGGUGUCCAUGUACGGCUGGGAGCCGACGGAAUGGGAUCGGUGGUCUACGGAUUUGGGGAAAUCUCUUCAUACAAACCAGAAUCGCCCUGUUCUCUUGGGCAUGGUGAACUUUGGUAAUUCAUGUUAUGCCAACUCAGUGCUUCAAGCUCUGUAUCACUGCCAGCCCUUCCGUGACGCUGUCAUGUCGAUCGAUAAAAUGCCGCUGCAUUCACCCUUACCUUCAAGCCAUCUCACAUCAGCUUCAUGCAUGAAAGAUGCCCUUACCAGUCUCUUUCAUUCCAUGGCACUGUCAUCCGUGCGUCUCUCAACCCAAGACAAGCACAUUGCCCGACGUGACCCUGGACCGCUGAUCAUAGCUGGAAGUGUCGACCAAGAUGUCCUUAAGGCUUUCUUAAUGACAUUGCAUCAAAACUGCAAUCUGUUCGACAGCACUAUGCAUCAUGAUGCACAUGAAUUCCUCAACUUUAUUUUGAAUCAGGUGUGUGAAGACAUGAUCGACAAGCGCCAGCGUCGCGCCUAUAAGGCCAGGGAGCAAUCAUUUACGCCUCUCACGGCGUGCUUUAACAGUCCGACGAUCAGCCAACGCACUUAUAUCCACCAUCUUUUCCAAGGCAUACUCACGAACGAAACGCGCUGUCUGUCAUGCGAGACUAUCACAAACCGCGACGAGGAAUUCUUCGAUUUGUCCAUCAAUGUGGAACACAACACAUCAGUAGCUUCGAGCUUGCGGCUUUUCUCUGAGCGCGAGAUGCUUUCUGGGCGAAACAAGUUCUUUUGCGAUACAUGCUCCAGCCUUCAAGAAGCAGAAAAGCGCAUGAAAAUCAAACAGCCACCGAAUAUUCUUGCUUUGCAUCUAAAGCGAUUCAAAUGGAGUGAAUCAAAUAAUGUCUAUGUCAAGCACGCCAGUCGUGUCGUAUUUCCGUUAGACCUGCGCCUUUUUAAUACCACAGACCAGACGAGUCAACCGGAUCAACUCUAUGAGCUGUCAGCUAUUGUGGUGCAUAUUGGAUCGGGUGCACACCAGGGUCACUAUGUAUCUAUUGUGAGAAUUGGCACGCGUUGGGCGAUAUUUGAUGACGAAGACGUUUCCUUCAUACGCGAAUCUGACAUAUCCAAGUACUUCGGCGAUGCCCCUGAAAUCGGUAGUGCCUAUGUUCUUUUUUACCAAGCCGUGGACGAAGCACCCUUGCCGAAAACUAUCCCCCAACCUUCAGUAACGACAAACUUCUCAUCGCCUACCGUGAAAGUCGAUUCGAUGCCGACUUCAAAGCCCAUAACUCCACCGAAUCUCCCCAAGGUUCUGAGCGCUCAGACAAGCGCCACUGCCCAGCCUGUACCGACUAUCGUUAUCGAUCCUUUACAAAGGCCUGGUAAUGGACAGCCUCCCUCAAGCCCUCAGAUCGCGAAUGGUGCGGCGCGACCUGCGUUGUCCAAGCCCGAGUCGCUCCCCUCUACACCGCCUAGCGAACCGGUGCCACCAUCUUCCUCCCAGGGAAUGAGUCCUAAUGUAAACGCGUCGCAUCGGCACGCUCUGACUGUGGAUUCAAGUCGUGAGCGUCGUGAAUCGAAUAGAAAAUCAUGGCUUGGUUUCUCGAAAUUGGGUCGUAUGCUAUCUUAA